CGAUUCUGAAAAUCUGUUUUAUUUCUGAAUAAUGGUAAAGGGGGACUUCCAUCUCAAAACAUUGUUGAGAUUGUUGAUCUUGAUAGUGAUGAUGAUUCUGCUCCAGUCGGAAAUCCGAGUGAAAAGAGAAUCACUAGUCCAACCCAGAACGUGAAUUCAGCUCAAAUUUGUGUUGAAAAUGAGACUCCAGCUCUCAAGAGAAAACAUGCUCCAUCUAUGGAUGCAUUUGACAGUGAAAAUGGUGAUAAUGGUGGUACCUCAAUAUCCGGGAAGUUAAAGACAAGGAAAGUUCAAGAGCCUUUUUGCAGGCCUGAUGAUUGUCCUCUUAAUCAGUGCUCAAAGACUUCGAUUCCUUCUGAUAACAACGGGGUUAACAGAGCCACGCCAAGGGAAGAUUUUUCGGUUUCGGGACAACAUGACCUUCAAAUUGAAUCUGAGCAGAAUUCUCGGGAACUUAUGAGUGGUGGCUUUCCUUUGGAAGGGCUUUAUUUUUCUGAUGGCACUUCUGUUUCCUCUGAUUCUGAAUCUGAUGAUGAUAGCGAUGAAGAGCAUAUUUCCUUCAGUCCUUCUCAGCUUGCACCAGAGGUUCAGAGGGAUAACAGAAAUUAACACCACUGAUGGAUGGCCGCUUUUUGUUUUUAUAUAGGAAGACCCAAAACCAUCUCUG